AACCGUAGGGGGAGGGGGGACAGAGAGUCCAAAUGUGUAAGGAAAUGGGAAGCAACAAAGAGAGGGAAUAGAGAAGGAUAUUCAGCCUCCGGAUUUUGCAAUUAUCCUCUAGUUUCAUACAUUUGCGUGUUUGCUUUUGUUGUUAACUGUUUCCUUGGCUAUUCUUCUUCUUACUUGAUUCAAUGAGUCGUUUAGGGUUUAAAUCUAUGGUUUAUCAGGCGGAGACUCUUUUGGGAGAACUGGACACUGUUCCGGUUAAGGACCAGAAUUUUCAGUUUCCAAACAACGAGAUACGAAUUCAUCACUUUUCGACGCUUAGCGAACGAUGUCCUCCGCUAUCGGUUCUUCAAACAAUUUCUUCGUUUUCGGUGUGCUGCAAGCUCGAAUCUUCGUCUCCAGUUGACCAGUUUUUUUUGACGAAACUUCACGCUUCCUGCUUCCACGAGUUGAAGACUGCGGUGGUAUUGCUUGGAAAUGAGGAGAUUCACUUGGUUGCAAUGCCAAGUAAGCAAAAAAAAUUUCCGUGUUUUUGGUGCUUUUCCGUUCCUACAAGUCUCUACGAAUCCUGCUUAAGGAUGCUAAAUAUGCGAUGUCUAGCUAUUGUGUUUGAUCUUGAUGAAACUCUUAUUGUUGCAAACACAAUGAAAUCAUUCGAGGACCGAAUUGAUGCUCUCAAAGCUUGGAUUUCUCGGGAGACUGAUUCAGUUAGGAUAAAUGGAAUGCAAGCUGAAAUGAAGAGGUAUAUGGAUGACCGGAUGCUGUUGAAGCAAUAUGCUGAGAGCGAUUUUGUCUUGGAUAAUGGUAAGAUGUUCAAGGCUCAAGCAGAGGAGGUUCCUACACUAUUCAAUAGCCAUGAGAAACUUGUCCGUCCAGUAAUUAGGUUGCAAGAGAGGAAUAUUGUUCUCACUCGCAUCAAUCCAGAGAUUCGUGAUACCAGUGUGCUUGUAAGAUUACGACCAGCAUGGGAAGAUUUGAGAAGUUAUUUAACUGCAAAAGGUCGGAAAAGAUUUGAGGUUUAUGUUUGCACCAUGGCAGAAAGGGAUUAUGCAUUAGAAAUGUGGCGGCUUCUUGAUCCAGAGGCGCACCUAAUAGGUUCAAAGCAACUGUUGGAUCGUGUUAUCUGUGUUAAAUCAGGCUUGAGAAAAUCUUUGCUCAACGUCUUCCAAGAUGGAAUCUGCCAUCCAAAGAUGGCAAUGGUAAUUGAUGAUCGUUCAAAGGUUUGGGAAGAUAAGGACCAACCCCGUGUUCAUGUUGUUCCUCCAUUCACUCCAUAUUAUGCUCCACAGGCAGAGACAGCAAAUGCUGUUCCAGUCCUCUGUGUAGCAAGAAAUGUUGCAUGCAAUGUCAGAGGUUACUUUUUCAAAGAGUUUGAUGAGAAUUUAAUUCGGAGAGUAAAUGAUGUCUUCUAUGAAGAUGAAGUGGUACAUUUACCUGAUGCUCCUGAUGUGAGCAAUUAUUUGUUGACAGAGGAUGCUGUGUUUGUACCGAAUGGCAAUACUAAUGUUCCCAUCAGUGAAGGAAUAAGUGGAGCUGAAGUUGGAAGGAGACUAAACCAACCAGAAGAGAAGCCUGUUGCAGACUCUUCAGUGCAUUCAAUAAAUAAUAGUUCUGAAUUGAGAUCUGAAGCAUCUCAGGUACCUGUUGCAGUUCCAAGUGUCAUGGCAUCCACAUCUGCAACAGUACUUCCGCCUUCUAAUAAACCUAGUUUGCUUGGAGCUCCUGUGAGACGGGAUAGCCACUCUUCUGAUGCUGGAAGACUCCAAACAGGAAAGCCUAGUUUAGAUUUAAGGAAUCAGAAUGCUGGCCAACCUCCUCUCCUAUCAAGAAUACCCACACAAUUGUUGUCCCCAGUACAGCUGCAAGGGGGUUGGUUAGUUGAAGAAGAGAACAGCAGGGCACAUUUAAAUAGUCAGCCUUCUGGAAUUGCAGAAGAAUCUGAUUUAUUGAGAUCUGACAAGCCACGUGCUCAUCAUAGCCCCUUUUCUCAUUGUGUGACAGCUUCAAUCCCCAUUGGCAUGGUUUCGCAUGCGUCCCAAGUGAAGAAUGAAGAGGCAUUUGCUGGAAAUGACUUGCAAAAGCCAAAUUUUCCAGCCGCAAGCCAGCUGACAGGUAUGUGAAUACAUCAGCGGUACACAAGGUGGUUCAGUUGUAAGAGAUUUAGAAGUUUGUUGCUCUGUGUAAUUUUCUUUCUGGAAUUUCUUGUUACUAAUGAAAGGUAAUGUUUGGUAAAGCAUUAUAGGCCAGGCCUUAUUUGAAGGACAUCGGUCACUUUGCACAUAUAUCUACAAAUAGGGAGCGAUCUCAUUGUCCAAGACAUUAUAUUCAGCAGCUAUAUACUUCAACUAUAAACCUAUUAUCAUGAAGGUCCUAAUCCUGUUGACAUGGUUUCUGUCCUUGCUAAAUUAGCAUAUUGAAGAAAGAGCUCUUUGAUAAUGAAAUUGCCAAGAAUACCCUGCCAUGACUGGUGUUACUAUAUGCUUAUGCCAAAA